AUGCAAGUCACUUUCCGUAAAGUCAGUCUAGAGGUUGACGAUAACCUUUCAAUAAAAGAAUUACAAGGGCUGAUCGAGAAGCAAUUCCAUGUUCCCGCCUCAGGACAGUCGUUUCUGGCAAACGGCAAACGGAUCGUACUGAAUCCCGAGGCCAAAAUCUCCGAUCCAGUUGGUGGCAAGACCCCGACCAAGAUCAUGGUUUUGGGCAGCUCGCAGCAAAAGUCCGAUGAAAUUGCCUCGUCGGCCAAUGCGUACAUCCGACAAGAAGCCCGCAGAGAGCAGGCAGUGGCCAGUUUGGCGGCUAGAAAACGUGCCCCCGCUGUCACCACCGCACCAACCGAAUACACUUUCCACGAAAUAAAGGCACUGCCCUACGGCGAUAGUCAGGGCGCUCUCGAUUAUCUGCAGCGGAUCAAAGACGAUCUCGGAGUGCGAGUUCUCAUGGAAAAAUACAAACUCAAGGUUAACGUGUUGUCGGAACUGGACCCGGCGCUGAAUACCGGAUCCAAAGAGCGACGGCUAGGAUUAAACCGCAAUCGGGGAGAGAUGAUCGAGCUGCGGAUCAGAACCGACGAUUAUAUGGGGUUCUGCAACUUCAAUGAGGUCAAGAAAGUUCUCUGCCAUGAACUGGCCCACAACACCCAGGACGAUCACGACGAGGCGUUCUGGAAAGUCUGCCGCCUCUACGAACGCGAAAUAAACCAAGGCUGGGGCACCGGCCACCGUCUAGACUCUUAA